AUGCCCUUUGACAUAGCUAUCGUGAGCAGGGUAGAUCGUGUAACCCUGCUCAGCCACUGGGCUUCCCCUCGGUGCUUUAGCUUUCUGAGAGAGAACGAAUGCCAGUCUCUUCGCUCCUUCCAAUUCUGGGAUAUACUCAUGGCGUCGAUUUAUUUUCAACGAACGUUGUUCCAGGAACAGAAUUCAGUCGACGAAGAGCUAUAUGACAGCAAGGUGGCAUUCAUCUUUGAGCAAGAAGAAACAGGAUCAGUUAUCGAGAUGCGCUGCUGGUCAGACUUCGUCUUGGAGGAAUACCGGGAGAACAGAUCUUCUUCUCAUCCCACAACAACGACUCAUUUGGCUGACCAUUCUCCUUCGCGAGGUGAUACGGAACGCAUGGCGGAUGAAAGCCUCAUCCUCUUCUCACCCACGCAGCAGUCGAGUGAUGCGACCGAACAAUCCACAGCUGAAUCUACAAUGAUGCACGUAUCAGGAGGACUUUCAGAACUGUCCAUAGUAGAUCUUGAUCUUUUGAAAAUCACAGGGUAUAUUCAGCUCACGAGAGAUAAAUUUGAUCUUUUACUUCAGGAGCUCCGCGUUGCCCCUCAGUUCAAAAAUUUCACGGUAGACUUGUGUUCAAAAUCGGGGGACACAGAAAUUGGACCAGCACAAUUGAGAGGUUGUAUUCGUUUGGAUGCUGAUCUUAGCAAACCAGGAGGCUAUGAAUAUGUGGGCGCAUAUCCCAGGCCUGAGGACUGCUUCAACGAGUAUGCGAAAGGCACUGCUGUUAAGGAACGUAACCCCUUCGAGCUUCACGUCAUCUUCAUUGAUGUCGCCAUCGCUUCAUGGAGACCAUAUCUCAUUCAUCUUGAGGAGCUUUGGAUAGAAUUUUCUGACAAAGCAUCUUUGACAACCAUGGAAAGCAAGCAGCCUCUAAGGAAUCAUUACAGAGUGCAAGCACAGGAUUACACGGAUCUGAAAGAGCUGGAAGAUCAUGUCACCAACGGAACGAAGGCUCUCCUCAUAAAGCAGCCUCUUCAUCUGAUCUAG